CUAAUCCUACCGUUCUCUCUCUCAUCUUUCUACCUUCUAACGCACGCUUUGAAAGCUUUCAGUAAAGUUUUUCAACCCCCCCCAAACCAUGUCUAUAUAAACGCGAACAAACGCGGUCACGCACUUCACGUUGAGUAAUUUUUUUUUUCCUCUUCCGCGUCCCCACCAACAUCACCCAGACCAUGUCCACCGACUUGCACCUCCACCACGAGCUACCAAAGCUCCGAAUCGCCGCCGUCGUCAAAACCGACGACGACCUCCCCUCCGACGCCCAAGACGACCGCAACGCCGUCUCCUCCGCCGUCACACAAGCCGAGGCCGAAAACGACGGUGCCAUCACCGUCGAUGUCGGCGUCAAAGUCAACGACGAGAGUUGCCGUACUCCGACGUCGAAGGAGAGCAAAAUUCCGGCGACGAUGACGUGUCCGCCGGCGCCGAGGAAGCCGAAGUUCGCCUCGUGUAAAAGAAAACUACUUGAGGAGUUUCAGUUCUUCGAUGUCACGAAUAAGGAGGACAUGGACGCCUUCUUCAGAUCCACUUUUCCCAAGAGGGGAUGCACUACUUGUACAUGAUCAAAAAAUUUCCAACCUUAGCUUCCUCGAACAACCAUACCUUCGACCCUGUCGAACUACGUAAAUUACACAAUUUUUUUUUUCUUUUUUUAAUCCAAUUCCACUUCUUUGGUCAAUUUCUUUCUUCUUUCUCCCUCUCCCCCCCUCUUAUUUUGGUUUUUUUUAUAUGUUAUAUAUAUUUCACUUUGUAUAAGAUGUGAAAUAUUGGAUCCCGAAUAGUAUAUGUUCAUUACUCGAAUCAACAUAACAUUGAAUUGAAUUCUCUCCAAUCCUCCCAUUAA